GCGGGGCACGGCGCGGUCUGGGUAAGGGGCACUGGCUGGGCGGCUGGGACAUUCCAGACGAUCCCACUGUCGUCGCUGCACCUUCUCGGCUGCUCCCUGGGUGGUGGCCUCAUGGCGCACGGUGGAGCGGGCCCAGAGCAGCGCCAGCAGGCGUCCGAGGCGGCCACCACGGUCACGAGCUUCCGAGUGAGCGAACAUCAGCAUAUCCGCUACAACCCGCUGCAGGAUGAGUGGGUGCUGGUGUCGGCUCACCGCAUGAAGCGGCCCUGGCAGGGCCAGGUAGAACCCCCGCUGCUGACGACCGUGCCCCGGCAUGACCCCCACAACCCUCUGUGUCCCGGGGCCACCCGGGCCAAUGGAGAGGUGAAUCCCCACUACGAUGGCACCUUCCUGUUUGACAACGACUUCCCGGCUCUGCAGCCUGAUGCCCCUAGUCCAGGACCCAGUGACCACCCACUUUUCCAAGCAGAGGCCGCUCGAGGAGUUUGUAAGGUCAUGUGCUUCCACCCCUGGUCGGAUGUGACACUGCCACUCAUGUCAGUCCCCGAGAUCCGGGCUGUCGUCGACGCGUGGGCCUCAGUCACAGAGGAGCUGGGUGCCCAGUAUCCCUGGGUGCAGAUCUUUGAGAACAAAGGAGCCAUGAUGGGCUGCUCCAAUCCUCAUCCCCACUGCCAGGUGUGGGCAAGCAGUUUCCUGCCGGAUAUUGUCCAGCGUGAGGAACGGUCUCAGCAGGCCUAUCGGUGUCAGCAUGGAGAACCCCUGCUUAUGGAGUAUGGCCGCCAGGAGCUGCUUAGGAAGGAACGUCUGGUCCUGACCAGCGAGCACUGGUUAGUCCUGGUCCCCUUUUGGGCCGUGUGGCCCUUCCAGACACUGCUGCUGCCCCGCCGUCACGUGCGGCGGCUGCCUGAGCUGACCCCCGCUGAGCGUGACGACCUAGCCUCUGUCAUGAAGAAGCUCCUGACCAAGUAUGACAACCUGUUCGAGACAACCUUUCCCUACUCCAUGGGCUGGCACGGUGCUCCCACCGGAUCAGAGGCCGGGGCCAACUGGGACCACUGGCAGUUGCAUGCUCAUUACUACCCUCCACUCCUGCGUUCUGCCACCAUCCGGAAAUUCAUGGUUGGCUAUGAAAUGCUUGCCCAGGCUCAGAGGGACCUCACACCGGAGCAGGCUGCGGAGAGACUAAGGGCCCUUCCGGAGACUCAUUACAGCCUGCGGCAGGAGGUCAGGGAGGCAGCGGCUGAUGCUUGACCAUGCUGACCACAGUGCCUUCUGCUUGAGGGAACAGGGCCUCGGGCUUGGACAGAUGUGGGAUCAAUAAAACUGCUUUUCAAGCUUUAACCAUGUGUUCUAAUGCCAGAGGAGUAGGAGCCCUGACUCUCAGGGGCCUGUGAAGGAAUCUAUUGGCUGUAACUUCUUCAGUCUGCCUACAUGAUAUGCAAAAA